AUGCGCAUCCUCACAAGCACCACAUCGCGGCUCCUCUCCACCUCCAUACGCACCCCCAUCUCAGCCCUCUCAUGUCCAGCUUCAAGAUCAUUCUCUAGCACGCCUUUGGCUAGGGCAGCGGACCACCACGCAGAUCAGUACGACCCGCCGUCUGGAUGGCUCUUUGGCGUUAAGCCCGGCGAGAAGGUGGAGAAGGAGGGGUGGGAGAAUAUCUGGUUCUAUGGGUUCUUUGGGACUAUAGGCUUGGGAUUUGUGGCAUAUGCUUUUAAGCCUGAUACCUCGAUACAAACCUGGGCCCUCGAGGAAGCCCGUCGGAGGUUAGAAGUAGAGGGGAUCUUGAAGGAGCCUGAGAGUAAAUAA